CCGUCCCCGUCGAGGCGCACCUGGACUGCCCCGCGGCGCCACGCAAGGGGCCCCGGCGCCUCUGCCCGGAUGGCCUCGAAGGCGCGGCGCGGAGGCGGCGCACCGGGGACCGGAGGAGCCGCCCGGUGAGCCCCCAGGCCGGGCCGGCCGCCGUGGCCGCGCGCCUCUCCUGGGCCAGCAUGGACCCGCAAUCCCUCGACGCUGCCGUGCAGAACACACUUUCAGUGCUCUACCCACCCUUCGACAUCACAGCCCCCACAGUCCUCAGCCAGCUUUUCCGGGUCCUGGAGGCCAAAUACCACGGGGAUGGGCUCUGCUGCCUCCUUGACUUCCUCAUCCCGUCCAAGCGCCUUCUGGAGCACGUGCGGCAAGCAGCCUGCGCUCCUUACACCAGCCGUGUUUUCCUCCACGAAGGCUGGCCAUUGUGCCUCCGCGAGAAAGUGGUCGUCCACCUUGGCCCACUCAACCCCCUCUUGCUGCGCCCGGGUGACUUCUACCUUCAAGCAGAGCCCUGUGGAGAGCAGUCAGCUUGCCUUGCGGUGAAGUGUCUCUCCAGGGACCUCACCACCGAGCAGAAGAUCCCCAUCUCUGAAGCUGCCUGCUCAUUGCUGUUUACUCAAGAGUGGCUGGAGGAGGUCAACCGAGACCUCAGCGGGCCAGAGCUGCACAGUUGCCUCGUGGCCACCAGCAACGGGAUCGUUCCUGUGCCGUGGAGUAAAAUUGCCACACCAGAAUUUGUCAGACUAUCCCAGGCUGAUGAUUUGGUGGUCCCGGACUUGCCAGCCUCCCCUGAGCAUUACUGUGAGUCUCCGAGGCAGACCAGUUGCAUUUCUGGGGACGGGAGAGCUGCUCAAAGCAAGUACCCAGGCCUCGUUAAGGUGGAGCAAGGACCUUGGAAGACAUCCACUUUGUUUGUUGUGCCGAGUUUGUGCGAUAUCAUUAGUGACAACCUGGAAGGGGAGUAUGUCAACCUCCUGGGUUUCUCUGAAGAAAAGAGUCCGGACAUUUCUUCUCCGGCCAAGACAGCAGCUUCAGCUGGUCAACAGUCUAGAAGAGACGAAGCAGCAACUGAAGAAAGCUGGACUUGUGGGGAGGGGCAAAGCUCGGAGGAAGGGCCCUGCACCCCUUGCUUGAGGAGGAAACUGAGCCAAGAAGACCCUCAAACCCACGAGACGAGAUGUCGGUAUCGCGAGUCAUACGUGGCAGCCCUGCAAAAUCCUGUCUGCUUCAGCUCAGGAUUGAUGGAAGCCAUACUGGAGGAGAUAGACACGUCCCAAUCGGCCUUCCUCUCCGAAAGCACAAGUGCUCAGCUUCCAGAGGGGUCAGAUGAGGCCGCUCCCAGGAUCCUCUCGGACUGUCCAAACAAGGACGGCAGAGCCGAACAGGUGGCCAGGCCAGGGCAUGCAAAACUUCUGAAGCCACCCACCGAGCCUUUGUCUGCCGGUAAUAAAUUCUCUUUCUUGAAAGGCCACCGCCAACUGGUCUCUUCGGCGGGUGGCCUGUCCGUGGCAGAAAAAGCCAGCAAGGGACAGGAAGGGCCUCGGAAAAGGGCGCCCAUCGCUUGCUCUCCCAGAACGUCCAGAGCUAAACAGACAGCCGGGAAAGGUUCCAGUCAAGUUGAUGUUGUGCCUUCGGAACUCCUCGCACCCAGGACCCUGGAAGGUGCCGUGGUGGGCUCUUCCUCCGCAGAUACGGUUCUUCCAAGAUCCAGUUCCCAGGAAUGCGUCCAGUGGGAGACUUUCAGUUCUGAGCUUUUAUCUUCUGGGAUAGCAUGUCUGCCAGGGAGCACAGAUAGACUUGGGAGACCCGUAAUCCAGAUCACCACCAGCGGCUCAGCAUGGCAGGCCCCUUGCUGUUCGGCCCCAGAGGUGACAAAUCUCCUCCUCUUCCUCUGCUCCCUUCCCAGGAAACGGGGACAGGAUGCAGGGCUGACGGUUGUCAUUGAUGCCAGAAAAGAGCCCUUCUCCCCAAUCCUUUCUGCUUCACUGGACUCGGUCCAGAAGGCCUCGCCUGGCUCCAUCCGUGCUGUACUGAUAUUGGCAGAGAAGGAGACGGCGCCCCAUCUGGACAAGUUCCCUGGCCUACAGGUGGAGCUGCUGAGCUCUCUCAAGGCCCUGAGCCGCCAUGUGGAUAGCAGUCAGCUGACCCGGGCCUUGGAGGGCACGUUCCCGUAUUGCCACAGCGAGUGGGCUCAGUAUUUCCAGAAGAUGCACCUCUUUACGUGUGACCUCCAGAAGGCGUCUGAGUUGCUGCAGACUACCACCCGGGAACUGGAGAAGAAAGACCUGCUGGGGAGUGUGCAGGAAGUUGGGCAGGAGAUGGACCGGCACCGGCAGCUGAUGCAAGGGGUGCUGUCCAACGUUGAGCUGCUGAGCUUGCAGCGAGAAGGUGGGGCCACCCUUGCCAGGUUGAGGAAGGAGGCCGCCUGCCUCAGCUUCUCCCCCGACGCCAGGAACAGCAUCGACUGUGCCCUGGGCCUCUACAAUGUGGUGGAGGAGCAAGUGCACACUUUGGUGACCAGAUCCAACUGCCGCUUGGAGCAUCUGCAGUUCCUGCUGAAGAUCCGAGAGCUGGAGGAGGAAUUUCACAAGCUUACUUCGUGGAUGGAGGAAGAAGGCGACCUGAAGCUCAGCGAAGUGGGAUCUGUAGGGUGCAGCCAGGACAGCACUGAAGAAUCUUAUCAGAGGUUUAAGAAAUUCUUCAAAGAAGCCACAGUCCACUACAACCGGGGUCUCUCCCUCUCCAAGGAGGCUGCCAAGGUCCAGGGAUCCAGGUUCCCCGAGACGGAGGCUUUUGAGGCAGCCAAGGGGGCAUUCCAGGCCAAGCUGACCAUGUUCUACAUGGAAAUGGAGAUGAGAGGGGCAGAGCUGGAGAUUCUGCUGGAUCUCUUCAAGUUCCACGGCAAGGUCACGCAGCUGAAUCUCGACUGCAAGCAACGCUUGGCCCAGUGGAGAGCUGGGGAGAACGAGCCCUGGAGCAUGGAGGCCCUGCAGGAAUUUGAGCGCUCGCUCCAGCUGCCCUCGGAGUUUUCCGCCGAGAAAUUCCAGCGGAUGAAGGUGCAGGCUUCCAGCAUGCGGAACUCAAAGGGACUAGAGGUGUGGAGGGAUGCUUUAGAGAAAUGCCAAGAGGCCCAGCAGAUCCUGGAAGGCAUGCUGGCCAAAUGCCGGGAGAACCAAGACGGAGGGGCGAGGGUCUGUGACGUGAAGGGCAACCCUCUUGGCAUGAAUUCGAACCCACCUCCCGAAGUCCUGGGUGAAGAGCCCUACUUUGACGGUGGGCUGGUGAAAGCCAAGGGCCAGGAGGGUCUGUUGGAACACAACAGAAGGAACCUGGCUACGGACAGAAUUGACUCUCGGGAGGACCCUUCCUUCGUCACAGGCAACAGAGAAAUGGAAAGGGGAGGGGGUUAUCUUGCUUCUCCACAUGUGGUUCCUGAAAGGGCGGCCUCUGAGGGCCAGGACCCCCGUGAAAAGUCCCCCGAAAGUCUCCUCACACCCACUCGGACCCCUCCUCCUUUAAUGCGUCCCACCCACACCUCUUGCCCAAAGGCUAACCACCUGCCAGGGACCUGUGAGGACCUGCCAGCCACAGACUGGACCUGCGUAACUGUGCCAGGGAGAGGCCGGCGCAGCAGGAAGAACGAAGCCGCCCAGUACUUCCAGCUCGCCCGACAUGGGAGUUUUUCCUCGGAAGACACUGAUUCCCAGACCUCCACGGAAGAGCCUCUGGGCUCCAGUGCCACAUUACCAAUGGAAUCCAUCGGCCCCAAAGGAGCCCUGCUCCAGGGAAAAGCUCAGGGGAUUGUCUAUUUAGAGAACCACAGCACAAGUGGACUGAAUAAAACAGCCUCCCAAUAAGUUCAUUGACUCCGUGAGCUGGAAUUCCUCGGCUCUGCUUCGUGACCUUCCCACAGACUUCUUUGUGCUCGGUUACGUUCCUGGAGCCUACAAAAAUGGCAGCCUGAUUUUUGCUUGGGUGGCGCUCCGUACCCCAGAAGUGUAGCUCUCUUACUGCACAGGAGUCUAUCCACCUUGGCCAUUUCAAGUUCCCAUCUUAAAUAGUCAGUUCCAUCAGCAGUCUGGCUGCUAGGCCGGAAAGAACACCAGGGCUGCUUUCACAUGGAGGAUUUUCUCCAUUUCAGCCACCCAAUUCCUGUGUUUUCUUUUCCUGUUUCCAUGUGAUGCCGUCCUGGACAUCACCAACCACGAACAGCCCAUUUCUUCUCUAAACGAAAUGCUUUUUCAAAACCUGAGGGGAAACGCUUUUUCUCUGCAUGGGGCAUACUUUUCAUUCUGUCUGGAACGGAAGGUACAACUUAGGGUUCAGUGAAAAGGAAUAGCUCCUCCUUCCUUCCUCCACCUAUCCAUUAGGGUUUUUUUAAACUGUUUUAUCUCUGUUUCGCUGAUGAGUCGCGACUGCAGGGAGAAGCGAGGGGCUGUAUUUAGGCUGUUCUAAAUAUGCUGUGCUCUUUUUUAAAAAAAAAAAAGUAAUACAGAACAACACAAUUGCACUAUGACUUGUACAUUGUGUGGAUCUCGGCGUUAAGAAGGAAGGGUGGCAGGAGAUUCCGAAGGAAAGAUUCCCAAAUGGAAGGUACUCCUUAGGUUUCAAUUUAAAAAAAAAGAACACUCCUUCUUCUUCUGCCUAUCCAUUAGAUUUUGUAAAAAUGUAUUUUUUUCUCUCUAUAAUGUUGUUGCAUUGUUACUGAAUUAAAAUCACAGAAUCGUAGA